AUGGGUCGCUUUCUUGGUCUCAGAGGCUCGAAGCUGAGCAUGGCCACAAUCAUAUUGGUUGUUGGUCCAGCGUAUUUUACCUUUGGUUAUAAUUUGGCUGUCGCUGGUGGGCUUCUCACUUUGGAGUCGUUUGUCAAGCAGUUUCCCCAAAUGGACACCAUUAAUACGACUGGAGCUCAGAAUAAACUGAACUCAAAUAUUCAAGGCGCCGUAUCUGCUCUAUUCACUGUUGGUGGUUUCUUGGGUGCCCUCUCUACCAUUCCUCUAGGAGAUCUACUCGGUCGUCGUCGCAUUAUUUUUCUUGGCUCGGCCUUUGUUGUAAUCGCGAGAUUGGUACAAGGUUGCGGCACUGGUGCCAUCACUGCCACUGUUCCUGUAUGGCAAUCGGAACUUUCAGGAUCAGCCCACAGAGGAUCUCACGUUGUCACAGAGGGACUUUUCAUUGCCGCGGGUAUUGCCGCCUCUCAGUGGAUUGAUCUUGGCUUCUUCUUUAUUGGCUCAUCUUCUGUAUCAUGGAGAGUGCCUCUUAUCAUCCAAGUUCCUUUGCCAAUCUUGGUCAUGAUCUUUGUCUUCUAUAUGCCAGAGUCCCCCCGAUGGCUUUUGCUGAAGAACCAUCAUAAGGAGGCACGUGAGAUUCUGAGCAUCCUUCGAGAUGAAGAUGAACAUUCGGCGGCAAUCCAAAGAGAAAUUGCAGAGGUCGAAACAUCACUUGAAAUGAUUGGGAGCGUCUCGCGAUGGGACGUGUUUAAGAUGGGUGAAAAGAGGAACUUUCAUCGUCUCAUGCUGGGAAUCGGAGGGCAAUCGUUCUCUCAACUUUGCGGAGUCAACUCGAUUACCUUUUAUGCAACAAUAAUCUUUCAACAACGCUUGAAGCUGGAUGCUAUCAAAGCAAGACUACUUGGUGGUGGUAUGACGACCAUUCAGAUUGUUGGAGCCCUGGCGGCUGUCCUGACAAUUGACCGCCUCGGCCGUCGAUCCCUGAUGCUUAUGAGCUCUGCCGGCAUGUGCAUCACAAUGGCUAUCAUCACGGGAACUACUUCAACCACCAACAACCAAACGGCACUGAUCGUAGCCGUUGUCUGUUUCUUCAUCUACAACAUGUCUUACACCUUCGGAUUUUUGGGUUUGACAUUUCUUUACUCCACUGAGGUUGCUCCUCCUCAUCUCCGCGCCAAGAUUAGCGGAUUUUCCAACUGCAUGACCUGGCUGAUGAACUUCGUCGUUGUUGAAGUUACACCUACUGGUUUCGACAAUAUUCAGUAUCAGUACUACAUAAUAUGGGCAGUCAUUAACUGCUUCAUAUUCACGACUGUUUUUUUCCUGUAUCCGGAAACAAAUGGCCGAACAUUAGAAGAGAUGGAUGAAGUUUUCAUGCUGUCAAACAAUAUUUUUGAGAGCCGCAAGAUUGCCACGAAUCUCUCCAAGAGAGAAGCCUCCGACCAUGAGUCAAUGACCGAAAAGGUCACUGCUCAGCAAGUCGAUGAAUUAAAGUAG